AUGGCGUCAGACCAGUUUUCCAUUAAGGAUUUCAAGGGAUCUGAAGAGGAGAUGAGCAUUAAAAGUGUAUUGGGUAUCAUUUGCACAAAAACAGUUUCUCCUGUGCCUAAGUUCCUCAAUUUAGUUAUAAAAAACAGUAAUGCUGUUGCAGGGAAGUCGUUUAGCGAUGCUUCAGUGUAUCUUCGACUAAAUCAUGAAAGUGGUGAGGCUGCAAGUUAUAUAAGUAAAUUUCCAGAGUGUGGACUCGUUUACAUGAAGGACAUUUUAAAUAGUUCUGUCCUUGAAGAUUUUCAAAAAAGGGGAGUAGACGCCAUCGAGAUGCAUUCAGAUGUUUGUCGUCAACCAUUCGUAGCGUUGUUGGGAUUUCUUCGUGGACGUGAACAACAUGAAAGGUCACUUAGGAGACUAAUCACAUCCACUCUGCCAACAAGUGGAAAUAAAGAAACUCAGAUUAUAGUUGCAUUAGCCCAUCACCUGUUUUCUCAAUUGGUGCCAGGCAAGGAGUAUGAGGUUGAUAAAUAUGCAAAGCAACUUCCAACAACAUGUGGCUGUGGCUGUAAGGCCAAUAUUUGUGCAGGAAACACCUCAUUAGGGUCAGAAAUGACGUGGCAUGGCAGAGUAGACAUCCUCCUGAACAAUACUGUUGUGGUGGCACUUGGGAAGGAACAGACAGACAAAUGUGAAGAGGAAGAUGAUGAUGCAAGUUGUGAACCUGAAAGAAAACAAAGAAAGAUAGAAACUGGUAAAAAAUGUAACAUUUGUGUUGAAGUGAACACCAGCAGAAGACAUGAAAAUGUUCUUCUGGAUCAAAAGGUUUUAGAACAAAUCAUAGCUGAAGCUAUAACAAAUGGAUUUGCUCAAGUUAACAGUAAUAGGAGUGCACUGUCACAUUUCUUAAUUCCAACUAUUGGAACCACAUCUGAUCAUGUUUCUAUUUGUCUUUAUGACCCAGAAAAUGACAUCUUGCUGUACAUAAAGGAACAGCUUGAGUUAUGGUCUCCAGGGACAAAAAAGAACCAGCUGAAUGUUUUUACCAUAAUUGUGAUUUGGAUUUUCUUGAAUUUUACUUUUUUAACCCGGAAAAAUUUUGCUGCUAUAGUAGAUCUUGACAAGUCUGGAUUACAUGCAGAUUUAAAGCAAGAUCUUUACUAUUACAAAAAAGCAAGAGCAAAGGAAAAUUUUAUUUCAUCAACAACUAAUGAAGCAUUGUGGAAAACAAUCGUAGAACAACCAAGAGUGCCAAAAGAACCAACCAAAGAUGAUCCCCCGGUAGUGAAAACUUAAGUACAAAGUCGUCGUCUGUACGAAAUUUUUCCAGACUUUUAUUAGAUUAUGCUUUGAGUCAUCAAAAUGAAAUUUGUUAUAUGGCUUUUUGUUGGGAGGGUACAGAUUAAGUUUGAUUCCCGGCUGUCUAUAACCCUUCUUGGCAGAGUUAUGCCCCUUUGAACUUAGAAAAUUCUCUGGGAAUAUUAUUUUCCGGACUUUCUAACUUUUUAUGCCCUGGCGCGGUGUCCGUCGUUUGUCCAGCGUCAUCUUUUCCUUUAAACAACUUCUUCAGACUAACUUGGGUGAAGCUCUACCAAGUUUGGGAAAAGAAAUGACCCUGACCUUUAUUCAAGGACAGAGAGGUCAAAUUUGUUAAAACCUUUAAACGACUUCUGAAAUACUGGAAGGCCUAGAAUUAUUAUAUUUGGCUGGAAGGUUCAUUGGAUAAAGUUCUACAAAGAUUGCGAAAAGAAAUGAACUUGACCUUUAUUCUAGGUCACAGGGA